AUGGCGGUAGAAGCUCAGGGAGCGCCCUUGUAUUACAUGGAAGAUGAGAGUUCACCAUGCUCUUUCUCAAGGAAUACAGUUUCGAUACCUGGGGGUUCUCUCAUCGCGGAGCCAAUAUUCUGGAAGGACAUUCACCUAGAUUGGCGAAUCCUCCUGGGAACGCGGGUACGGUCGCAUUACUGUGACUUCCUCCAUUAUCUGCGAUUCCUUUCGUAUGAUGAUCGUAAUAGCUUGAAUAUCGAUAAGACAGAGGACAAUGUUGCUCAGUUCUACGAAAUCGGAGGAGAUUAG